AUGGUCUCGGACAGGGCAUUGUACGGCUCGGCUCUGAAGCUCCUGACCGACCCAGUCACUUCUCCUCGCUGCAUUCCAAUCACCGGGACUCACAUGCUUCCCUCCGCGUGCAAUCCCCAUCCCCGUCCUCGUGCAACACCCACUCCUCCUCCCCCCCCCCCCCCCCCCCCUCCCCUCGCUCCCCCCCUCCUCCUCCUCCCCCCCGUGCAAUCCAUCUCCCCCUUCCCCUCACCUCCCCGAACCCCCUUCACAUUCGCGUUUGCCCCUUGUUUCAUCCCUUACUCACGCACCCCCACCCGUCACCAACCCCAUCCCCCUCUCCGUCCCUUCCUCGCUGGACACCCGAUGUCGCAGCCUCUUUGUCUCCCCCCGCUUCACAUCCCCUCCCUCCCGGCCUUCCACCCGGCUCCCCUUCCCAUCCACCCGCCUCCACCCAACCCCCCCUCCCAUUCCCCCAUUUCUCCCCAUCCCCUUUCCCAUCUCCUCCGUUCUCCCCAACCCAUCCUCCCAUUUCUCCCGUUCUCCCCAACCUCCCCUCCCAUUUCCCCCUUUCCACUCAACCCCUCCUCCCAUUUCCACGUCCCUUCACUGCACGCCACACGGGCUUCCCCGGCUCCACCCCAGCCUCACAUGCCCUCCCUCCCCUCUUCCCAUCCCCCCUCCCAUCGCCUCCCUGCCGGACUGCAGGCUCCACGUGGCUCUUCAACGCCGUCCGCCUGCUGCUCGCCCACUCGAGCAAGAUGGCGCUCUCCUAUUGGCUCCACUCCAUCUCCGCCAGCAAGCUGCGCGCCAGGGGGCUCUUGCCACUGGGCAGGCCCGAACCUGGGGGCAAGAGGGGUGAAGGGGGAGGGGAGGGGUCUUCCACGGAGAGAAGAGGGGAAAGGCAGGAUGGGGGUGUGGCACCUUGACGUCUGUCAUGGAGAUUUGCCUGCAUGCCGCCUCUCCCAGCCGUCCUACCUUUGGCUGUCCACCGUGACAUGUUCUUACCUCUGCGCCAUCGUAUCGUGUGUUGCCCCCUUGCACUGUUCACCGCAGCCACAUUGCAUGCUUUUUACUUUCUCCCACCACCUGCUCUCCCGCCUCUCCUUCUGUCUCCCUUGUUUUCCAAGCCCCUCCCCACCACAACCCACUGUCCCUUUCGCCACACGCUUAUACUGCCUUGCAUCAAGGCACAAUGCUCCUAGUCACCCCUGCCCCUUCUUCUCUAGGGAUCUAUUGUCGCCCUCGUCGUCUCCUCUCAUGGUGGCACUACAGCAGCGCAUCAAGGCGCACCUGCAGGCCUACCUAGGCGACCACCAGCGGUGGAAGCAGCACACUGCUUCCGUGAUCUCGUUUGCCCCCACACCACUCACCCUUUUUUCUCCCCCAUGCGCUCUUGCAUGCAGGCGCAUCAAGGCACACAUGCAAUCCUACCUGCGCGACCACCAGCGGUGGAAGCAGCACGCUGCGGCCGUCAUCCCCUUUGCCUCCAUCGUGCCGCCCGGCAGCCCCUCCGAGCUGCUCUGCCUCUCCCACCUUGCUGCCCUCCUGGGGUUCACCACCGUGGGAGGAGCGGCACAAGGGGCGGCACAAGGGGUGGCACAAGGGGCGGCGGAAGGUUUUGGGCUAGAUGCGAGUCAGAGCAGUGAGGGGGGAAGGAGGGCUGGUGCAGUGGACGUGCGUGCUGUGUCAAAAGCCCUUGCUCAGCUGCCAGUCCCCACAGGCUGGGCGCCUGACUUGGUGAUGAAGUUGUGGCCGCGCCACAAGAGCAAGGGGGGAUCAGAAAGGGGCCUCACACGAGAGGAGAGGUCGGAGCUGCAGCAGUUUGUGGAGUCCCUGGCACUACCCGCUACUACUGCAUCUAAGGAGUAG